CCUGGAAGCGCCGCCGUCGAGCUUCCUGCGGCGGCGGGCACUAGAGCCAGGGCCGGGGCAGAGCGCGGGCACGGCUGCGCCCGCCCCGCGCGGGAGAUACCAAGUUCUUCUAGUACAACCAUAUAACUUAUUAAUUCCUGAAGUCUCAGUAACAUGGACAGUAACAGUGAUGACAGAUAAAUACAGACACCUGGGAGAGAAAUACUAGGCGAAGCACUUUUAAAAAGAAGAGUAGCCUGGCAUGGUGGCUCACUCCAGUAAGUCCAGCACUUGGGAGACAGAAGCAAGAGAAUGAGGAGAUCAAGGCCAGCUUGAGGUUUCCCAAUGAGUGGAUCAUGAUGACCGUAUGGUAGGGACUUGCCAUAGUAUGGCUGCUUCCCGAUCUACUCGUGUUACAAGAUCAACAGUGGGGUUAAACGGCUUGGAUGAAUCUUUUUGUGGUAGAACUUUAAGGAAUCGUAGCAUUGCUCACCCGGAAGAAAUCUCUUCUCAUUCUCAAGUACGGUCAAGAUCACCGAAGAAGAAACCAGAGCCUGUACAAAUUCAGAAAGGAGGUAAUAAUGGAAGAACCUCUGAUUUAAAACAGCAGAGUACUCGAGAAUCAUGGGUAAGCCCUGGGAAGAGAAGACUUUCUUCUUCAGAAAAGGAUAACAUAGAAAGGCAGGCCAUAGAAAAUUGUGACAGACGGCAAGCAGAACCUGUGUCACCAAUUUUAAAAAGAAUUAAGCGUUGUCUUAGAUCUGAAGCAGCAGGCAGCUCAGAGGAAGAUUCGCCCGCCAGAGCGGACAAGGAGUCAGUGGAGGAGAGGACCGGAGUGGACCAUGAUGCCGGCUUCCAAGGGACUAAACGAGCUUGUCGAUGUCUUAUACUGGAUGAUUGUGAGAAAAGGGAAGUUAAAAAGGUGAAUGUCAGGAGUGAGGAAGGGACACUUAGUUCUGCAGUAGUUGAAGAAAUCACAAGCUAUUUGGCUGUCAAUGGUGUUGAUGACAGUGACUCAGCUGUUGCAAACUGUGAUGAAUGUCAGCCUGGCAGGAACACUAAAAAGAGUUCUGGUUCCUGUUUGUCGCAGGAAAAACCAGUAGCUGGAAAUGGGGAUUCAGAAACACAGACUGCAUUGUUUUGUGAUAGUAGGAAGGAAGACAGUUAUUUAGACCAUAACGUGCCUUGCACAAACUCAGAGGUGCAGGUCAAGUUGGAGGACCACAAAGUAGUAACUGCCUGCCUAUCGGUGGAACACCCUAACCAGCGGACUGCUGAGGCAGCUCCAGGCCCCGCUUCCGAAACUCAGUCAUCUGUCAGAGAUUCCGAGGAGGAAGUAGAUGUGGUGGGAGAUAGCAGUGCCUCAAAAGAGCAGUGUAAUGGAAACCCCAGCAGAGUCCUGGACGGCGGUGCUGCAAGUGUACCAGUGUCUGGAGACCCCGAGCUGGCUGCUGCUCAGAUGACGUCUCUGUCAGAACCUCAAGAACACCGCUAUACCCUGAGAACAUCACCACGAAGGGCAGCCCCAAGAGGUAGUCCUACUAAAAACCCUUCUCCCUACAGAGAAAACGGACAGUGUGAGGAGAAUAAUCUUAGUCCCAGUGAAACAAAGACAACUGUUAGUGAUAAUGUGAGUGAAUCGCCCACAAAUCCUAAUGACAUUUCUCACAAUGAGAAACCUGUAUGUUGUGACUCUCAAAACUAUGGAGGUGAAGGAGUAAGUCAGCCACCCUCAGAGACAGGACUCAGUAUUGGACAUGUGCCAUCUGCCAAAGAGAGUGCCAGUCAGCACCUUGCGGAAGAGGAAGAUGAUGACCCUGAUGUUUAUUACUUUGAAUCAGAUCAUGUGGCACUGAAACACAACAAAGAUUACCAGAGCCUGCUGCAGACGAUUGCUGUUCUUGAGGCUCAGCGCUCUCAAGCGGUCCAAGACCUGGAAAGCCUAGGCAGACACCAGAGAGAAGCUCUGAAAAAUCCCAUUGGAUUUGUGGAAAAACUCCAGAAGAAGACUGAUAUAGGACUUCCGUUCCCACAAAGAGUUGUCCAGCUGCCUGAGAUCGUGUGGGACCAGUAUACUAACAGCCUUGGAAACUUCGAAAGAGAAUUUAAAAAUCGUAAAAGACAUACUAGGAGAGUUCAGUUAGUUUUUGAUAAAGUAGGUUUACCUGCUAGACCAAAAAGUCCUUUAGAUCCCAAGAAGGAUGGGGAGUCCCUUUCGUACUCAGUGUUGCCUUUGAGUGACGGUCCCGAAGUCUCCCACGGCCGUCCUCAGAUGAUAAGAGGACGCCUGUGUGAUGACACUAAACCUGAAACCUUUAACCAGCUGUGGACUGUGGAAGAACAGAGGAAACUUGAACAGCUGCUCCUAAAGCACCCUCCUGAGGAAGUGGAGUCCCGGCGCUGGCAGAAGAUCGCGGAUGAGCUGGGCAGCCGGACAGCCAAGCAGGUUGCCAGUCGAGUACAGAAGUAUUUCAUAAAGCUCACUAAAGCUGGCAUUCCAGUUCCAGGCAGAACACCGAACCUGUACAUGUACUCUAAAAAGUCUUCAACAAGCAGACGGCAGCACCCCCUUAACAAGCAUCUUUUUAAACCUUCCACCUUCAUGACGUCACACGAACCACCAGUGUACAUGGAUGAAGAUGACGACCGACCCUGUUUUCAUAGCCAUGUGAACACCGCCAUUGAGGAGGCCUCGGAUGAAGAAGGAAUCCCUGCCCUGUAUAGGGAUUUACCUGAGUAUAAGGAGCUUCUACGGUUCAAGAAGUUAAAGAAGCAGAGACUCCAACAGCUGCAAGCGGAAAGCGGCUUUGUACAGCAUGUGGGCUUCAAGUGUGAUAACUGUGGCAUCGACCCUAUCCAGGGUGUGCGGUGGCACUGCCAGGACUGCCCUCCAGAUAUGUCUUUGGACUUUUGUGACUCAUGCUCAGACUGCCUACAUGAAACAGAUAUUCACAAGGAAGAUCACCAGUUAGAACCUAUUUAUAGGGCAGAGACAUUCUUAGACAGAGACUACUGUGUGUCCCAGAGCACCAGUUAUAACUACCUUGACCCCAACUACUUUCCAGCCAACAGAUGACAUGGAAGAGAGCAUCACCGACUAGUCCUCUUCACACAUAGCAAUGGUGUCAUUGUUGAUUCUGUGCACACUGGAAAGAGUCUCUGCUUUCCCUGAGUGACACUCAGCAUGGGAGCUUCCCAAGUGGUCUCGUCAACACAGCUCUGCACUGCUGGGCUCCGGAUCGCGGCCAGUAGCCGCACGUUCAUCCUGGGGUGCAGAGGGCUUCCCCGGUGCGUUUUCACCACCACCCUCCAGCUUGCAGGUGGGGAUCUUCAGUGGGUGAGGUGGGAACGAGAGCACACGUUAAAGUGAGAGUAACUUCCAAAGGCUUCAAAGAAACUCCUCAGUCACAAUUACGAUGAUGAGAAGACAAAGUAUUUAUAUUCAAACAGUCCAGUAGCUUUCGGUUUUGUGACAGUAGUUUUCUGCACAGAAACUGACUUCUUUAGACAAGGUUUUAUCCAAUGAUGGUGUUGGCUUCUAGGAUAUCUACUCCAAAAGAAUUCACUGUCCAAGUCAGUGGUGGUCGUUGAUGGCCGAUAGUAAGCGGGGCUACGUUCGCCGCAAUGGGCUGUCCUGAGGCCGCAGGGGCCGCUGCGGAGGCAGCUGAGGUUCUGCGGUACUGCUUCCUCGGCCUGCUUACGGCUGUGAGUGCCCUCAGCCAUCACCCAGAUAUACUUUUUAAUGUAAUGUUAUAUAAGGUGAUCAUGUGACAUGUACAGACUAUGGUGAAAAGUGCCAGUGGUAGUAACUGUGUAAAGUCUCUAAUUCACAACAUUAAUCCCUUUAAAAUACACAGCCUCUGCCUCUGUUUGGGGUUGUCAAUACAACUCUCAAAUAAAACUGCCUAAUAUAAGAAUCAUAUAUAUGGUAAUAAUUCCCCUUUUGUAGUCUGCACAAGAUCCACGAGAGAUUGUAUUUUAUUACUAUUUAAACAAGUGAUUAAAUGUGGGCGCAGUGAGAAGGCUGCGUGAAUCUUUUAUACUGCUGGGUGUGUAGUGCAUCACUAAAGCGUUUUGUAUGUCUCUUCUGUGUACACAAUAUGCUUUUGAAUAAUGUUCCGUUGUCAGGAGAACUGUGAGAAAUAAACCACGUGGAUACUGUUUGUUUAUAUUUUAGAAUGCUUGUUGUGGCUUCCUUUUGCUAAGAGUUUUUUUUUUUUUUUAAUUAGUAUUAAAACCAGAAUUUAUUUUUUAAGGGUCUUGUUUCUCACCUGUCUUUGUCUGUCUCUUUCUUCCUUUCCUUCCCUCCCUCCCUCCCUUCUUCUUUCCUUCCUUUUUUUCUUUCUGUGAAGAGCAGGCCGUGUGUUAUGGAGAAGAGUUGUGACGGUGGUAGUGUUUGAAUCAUAUAUGAGGAAACCCUAAACUAGCUUACAAAACAGAAACAGCAUUUAUUAAUAUGUAGGCGUGGAACCUGAACAGAAGUUGGAAGUGUUUAUUUGGUAGUUUUUGAUAAAAAUUCAGUCCUCAUUAUUAAGCAGGUGGUUUCCUGUUGUUGCCUAGGAAAAGAGUAUAAAUAUUCAAAGCUGGCUUAAGUGCUCUACUGACCUGAGUCUUAGAGCCCUUUUUUCUUGUUUUUAAAUCCAGGGAACAUUAUUUACUAGUUCUCUUAAUUCUUAGCAGGGUACUGACGUCUACCCUGAACUUUAAGGAAAAUAAUAGAAUUUUAAAUAUAGAAAUGAGAAUUUUAAAGUAAUAUAUUGAUUAAAUAUCACUGAUCACAUUGAUGCAGUAUAUCGUAAUCAAAAGAGUAAGUAGACGUCUCAAUCUGGAAGUCUCAGUGGGGAAGAGGGGUCUUAGCAGCCUCGGCGUCUCAAUAAGGAUCGCUGCGUCGUGUGCCCAGGACGUGCUGUCAGCCCCUAGCCUGGGGCAGCAGCCCGGGUCUGUGCCAGACCAGCACCUGGGAGUGUGGGGAGCCGCUCAGAGCCCCAGACGUCCGGGAAGGGUGCUGCAUGCUUUGAAAGGGCUGUGGGUAAUCGUUGUUACAUACAAGUAGACAAACCCACUUGAAUGUAUUUUUAAGGGCAGAGAUUUUAAGACUUUUAGAUGGUAAAGUGAAUCAUGUUCUCUUGACAACAAGAUAUACUGAUUUUGACUUUGAGCCCUCAACAGAUAGACCCCGUGGCUUUAAAAGAUUGACGUACGGCCGUCCCAGUGGUACUUUCGUGUGUGUGUGUUUCUAUUUGAGGGCUGCAGAGUGGGCAGGGCUGUCCUGUGCAAGUAGGCCUUCCGUCUGCCUCCCGAGCCUUGCUUAUGAAGUGGUCUCCCAGCAGCCAGGUCAGUUUCCCAGUGCCAUACGGCCAAGUUACUUGCUAGCUACUGAAGGAACAUUUAGCAGCCAGAAGCCAUUGCUCUGGGGUGCUGAGAAGAAGCUUUCCUUGGGCAUGAUUCCUGCUGUGUGCCCAGCAAGCACGGUGACCGCUGGGCCCAGGACCUUUUAUUAUCCUUCUUUCCUGCAGAAAAUCUAGCCAGAGAGAUGCUGAGUAAGUCACUGUAGCCCAUCAGUAAAGAGGCGGAGAGGCUCGGCGUUGCCCCAGACAGGUGAGGCAGAGCCCAGCUCUGCCUCAGCACCGUGUUGCUGACAAGAGCGCGCCUCCGUGGAGACAGGCGCUUCUCGGUCCGCUGCCCUCCCGUGGCGUGCUGCUGCAGUGCGGGCCGGGCGCGGCACGCUUGCAGCAGGAGGGAGAGGGCCGGGUGCGGGAGGGGAAGAGCGUGGCGACUCAGACACGCGUGGCGAGGCCGUCUCCCCGGCCUGCCCCUUCGCCUUUGGCUCCACUUAAGUCACAGAACACCAUUUACUGAGGUGUGGGGAACAAAGAGAAAACAACAUAUAGCAAAGUUGAGUAUUACGAAAUUUCUUGUUCAGUUGUAAGGGUGAGUGAGACACUCUGUAUAAACUGUGCCUCUCACUGUGAAUAACAAAGUUGGAAAUCUGUCACCAGGUGCCCUGUGUGAAACAGGGAAUCUUCAGAUGUUGAAUUGCUUUUUUCUCAAGUUGGUGGAGGUACCGUUCUGUUCAGGCUUUCUAAAGUGUUGGUGUCCAUGUCUUAUCUUGAUGGAAAAGACACUGCUAUGCAUUUGAUAAUGGGGUUUAUGUAGCUAAUUAAAUGGGUUUUUAAGAGUUGUGUCACUUUGAGCUGCAGACCAUAUAUGUCUGUCUGUCCCUGUCUGUAGGGUCUGGUUAGAAUAGAUUCUCCACAAGUGUUUGUUGGUUCUAUGACCAAUGUUUUGAAGCGUUGCACAUUUUCCCUCAGGAAGUCAGUUGGGGAUCAACACCCAAGCUGGCUUUGACUCUUCAAGGGCCUCAGGAGGCCCGUGACCUGGCCCUGGAAGGACAGGGGUCCAUAGAGCCUGCCCUACCUGGGGGUGGGGUCCAGGCAGUCCAAGGUGGAACCCCAGUUAGGCUAUGCACGGUUCUGUCAUCUGGUCCUGGUCCUAGAUGCAGAAGUGACAGUGGCUCAGUGUUGAGAACCCCCUGCGGUAGAGGUCCAGGAGCAGGUCAGUGAUGGGCCGGUGCUGUGCCCCUUCCAUCCCUCCAAGCACAGGGAAGGCAGGAGCUGCAGGGUCGGGUGCACAGUCCUCGGGGAGAACGCUGUGGGGCUGGGGAACUUGUACCAAAACAAGGCAGCAAGGCACACGUACAUUUAAAAACCACUUCAUUUCAAGGCAGGGCUCAGUGCUGUGAUGAGAAGUAAGGAAGAAAAAUGAUGGGAGUGUGGGGAACACUUGUUGAUGGGGUGGUCAGAGCAAGCCUCCCAGUGAGGGCAGUUAGGAUGGCGCGGUGGCAAGGGCCUGCCCCGGGAGGAGCUUGGUUGGCCAAGGCGCGUGAACUAGGCCAGCGCAGUGGAGACAAAGGAGGUCCCACAGCGGGCGCGUUGAUGCUCAGGCGCAGGCACACACAGCCCCCUCUAGAGGCCUCAGAUCUCUGCCCCCAGUGACGCCGCCUCCUGCCUUGCCUUUCACGUCAGCACCACGGCCUUUGACUGUUCUCUGAAGAUGCGCUCUCCCAGGUGCUCCUGGACGUAAGCCACGUACCUCUGCACCUGCCUUGCCCUUCCCCUGCCCACCCUGUCAGCUGUGGGCACAGACCGUAGCCAGUGAGUGUUGGUGUGUGUUCGAGUCUGGUCUCCACAGAGUUGCUUUAUGAUCUGGUACAAUGGAUCAUUUUCAUCCUGUAAUACUUUGUUUCUCCUUUGCUCAAAUCCUAUGCUCCCCUGUAAAGAGCGUGACAACGUGCAGUAGUGACAGAAGUCUUUGACACCUGUAUUAAGAGUUGCGGGAACAUGGUACCGCCUCUUUGUUAAUAGGGGUAUAAUUGUAACCAAAGAAAUUUAGUUUCUGCUCUAGCAUACACUGUUUAAGAACAAAUGCUGGGAAACAAAAGAUGUGAAAAUUACCAUGUAUCAUGACUACAUUAAGAAUUUCUCUGUAACAGUUCAGAUCUGGUUUAUGGCCAAAAUUAAAAUCUAUAAAUGAACCUUAAAUUUCAACUGUUACUGUGUCUGCUUCUAAUUCUGUUUGGAAUUAAAUAAGUCUUUCAAAUGCUUUCCAGAGUGAUGUGACUUAAAAUAAAUAGAAAAAGAGUU